GCGACCCUCAACACCUCUUCCCUCCCACGUUGUCGCCGAUCUCUCCGUCCUCUCGCUCGCUCGGAACUUACUGAUCGUCGCCAUGUCUUCGGAAGCGGAAGCCCCCGCCGCUGGAGCAACAACCCAAGGUGAGCAAGAAGGUCGCCAAGAAGGAGGAGGCCAAGCUGGAGAAGCUCCGCCGCUGCCAGGAGGCCUCGUCCGCCGGCGCAGGCGCCGGACGAGGAGGAUCCCCUGGCGGGGAACUACGGGGAGGUGCCAAUGCCGGAGCUGCAGUCGAAGGAGGAGGUGCGAGAGCCCUACACGGCGGUCAGGGCGCUCGCGGAGGAGAUGAAGGAUGAGACCGUGGUGGUGAGGGGGAGGGCCCAGACGAUAAGGGCGGUGGGGAAGAAGAUGGCUUUCCUGGUGGUGAUGGAGAAGGGGUUCACCGUGCAGUGCGUCGUGACGGAGAAGGAGGGACUGGUCAGCCGGCAGAUGGUGAAGUUCGUCGUCUCCUCGAAUCGCGAGUCCAUCGUCGACGUCCACGGCUCUCUCACCGUCCCUCGGUCGCCCAUCAAGGGCGCGACCCAGCAGGUGAAGAUCCAGCUCAGGAAGAUCUACUGCGUCAACAAAGCCUUGCCCACCCUCCCCAUCAAUCUCGAGGACGCUGCUCGCAGCGAAGCCGACAUCGAGAAGGCUCUUCAGUGCUGCUGAGGAAGGUGAAGAACAUCGCCUAGCUCGGGAUAGAGCAUUAGAAGAGCUUAACAACAUUCUCAGCAUCAUCAAGCUUGGAUACGUACUCGUGCUGAGUUCGGCUAAACAAAUCAAAACGCUUACCGAAAUGAUGCCAGAAUUCUUUGCAGACCGAGGCAAUCUUGACCGCAUCCAGAUUGCCGAUCACGUUGUGCAGACAACGAGGAAGAGAUAAUAUCACAGUUGGAACGGCUGGAUUUAUUCUUGAGGAGACCAAGCCGAUCAUCCAUUUUUCAGGAGCCUAAUUUAUCUUCUUUUUAAUCCUUCAGCAAUGUAGUGUUUUGGUUUUCCAGAACUAUUUCGUGCAUCGUCACCGUUGAUUGAUCCGCACGGAAAUUCCGAUCCGACAGAUCAGACGCGAACGGCCGGGAGAGAGGUACGCCGUGUCCGUUUUCUCCUCCUCCCGCUGCUGCCGGAACGACAAAGCGGGGAGCACAGCCUGCCUUCGAGUGUCGACCCUCUUUUGCUGCUCGAGCUGGCCUGGCCGUCGACGCUCUCCUUAUCCGGGUUCGCCCUCGCGCUCUGCUGCUUCUGCUGCUUCGAAAGUCCCGCAGGAACCGAGAAGAAGACGAUGCCCUGCCCCCCAAUAACCGUCCCGGUCGAGUUCCCGAAAGAGGACGAGGGAACGGCGGAUUUAGCUGGGGACUGUGGAGACUUCACAUGUGCAGAGUGUGCGAAAAAGUUCUGUCUUUUAGGAGUUAUCGAUGCUAAUAAGAAGGUCUUUGAGCAAAUUGCUGCCGUCGGCGACGGGGAUGGAGAUAAUCUUGGGCCGAAUACUCCUGAUACGGACAGAAAGGAUGGGGACACUUUUUUGAAUCUCAAAUCCCCCAUGAUCCCACCGGAGAUGACGUUGGAAGUAGAUGUCCUCGAUUCCUGACGGAAAUCGGUGAUCGGCCGCUCCCUCAUGUCAAUCAGACCAGUAGCAUUACACUGCUGAAGGAUUUAAAAAAAAAGAUAAAUUACGCUCCUGGAAAACGGAUGAUCAGCUCAGUCUCCUCGAAGAACAAAUCCAGCCCGUUCCAACUGCGAUAUUAUCUUUGUCCGCGUUGACUG